CACUUGUAGGAGGUUCUCUUAUUCCGUCCGCUCGUUCAGCUAUUUAUCAAAAAUCAAGUUAUAUGGUGGACAAUAUAUUGUCGCCUUUUGUUUUACACCAUGCCCCCUAAUUUCAACACGGCUAGCCGUCCUAGCUGGCUGGUGAUGCCUGAUUCCUCUGAGGUAUAUAUGGCAAUAUUUGAUCGUGCCAGGGUGCUGUCUGGAGGGAUCAUGGUUGGUACUGCCAUGUUCCUACCAGUUUUACCAGCUAUUCAGUACGAGGACGAUGUUUACCGAUACCUCCUUUUCUUGCUUUUCGGAGCCUCUACAAUCGUCCAUAAUGCUCUUAUUUGGGAGGCGGUUGUCGAUUACUUUUUCUUGGCUUUAGUUACGACCAUUGGAGUGAUACUUAUCACGCUACUCCAUUCCGGCGUCUCGGUGUCUUUCCUGCUCGGCCGCGUUCCUCUCUUAAUAGCGUCAAUGAGUUUAUUUGUUGAGGAGUGUUCAAGGCGCUUCGGCCCAAAUAGUCGUCAAAGGAAAAAAGCGCCGGACCCCAAACUGAUACCUCCUGACGCCGGAGUUGUUAUGGAUGAGCAGCCAGUCUUCCUCACACUAAGCCAUCAUAGUGAGCUACUUUCUCAUAUGUAUGGUGGCGAGACGAGGCAGUAUAAUGCGUCGAGCCAGCAUUCCUCAGAGAUAUCUCUAUCGAAUGUCGGACCCGGACGAUUACCAUCAUCAUGCGACAGCAUGGUACGCAUAUUCUGGCGCGACGAGCCUGAAGGCAUCGCCAGAUUUAAAAGGGGCGAAGAGCGAGAUGAUGAAGAGAGCCUGAAUCCCGACAAGGGUGCCUGGUUUUGGUGAGACAGAGUUCAACUCAAAAGCAAAGUCGCGCAGCCUGAGAGUUCGUUUCUUCCCAUUUCUUGCAUUAUCCGUUGUUGGUGUUGUUGUUAUAGUCGGUUAUAACAGUCAACCGAUACUUAUGUUUUAAGGUACCUGUUACAGCGUGAAAUUCUUUUGCGAAGGACAACCUGUAUCUUUAUAUGUCAGGAUGACCUCAACUCUCCAUUUCCUCGUUUAUUUCUUAGAAGGGGGGUUGAUCGUGGAAGAUAAACUUUCUUUUUCGUUUCCAGGCCUGCGACGAGCUCUGUUAAAUAUCUAGCGACUAGAAACUAUAGUCUACUUUCUU